CAUUUCCCCCAGAAUAGCUGUUUAGGGCGCACUGGGGCUAAGUACGCUGCUGCUACAAGGUAGCUUUCGUUUGGCAACAGUUUUUACGGAUUGGAUGUAUAAUUUACAUACAACAAAAUGCCCCCAUUUUAAGGGUGCAGAUCAGAGAUUUGACGAAUUAUACACCCGUGGAACCACUACCACCGCGUGGACGUACACCAUUUCAUUUCCAUCGUCCCGGGAAGUUCCCUCGUGCCCAUUCCAGCCAGUCCACAACCCCUCUCCCCAGCCUGCCUGCUUUCUAGCAUCGCUUAAUUUUGCCUGCUUUCGAACUUAAUAAAAUGGGAUCAUUCAAUUAUUUCUGGGUGCUCGCACUCAGCCACCUCCUCCACCAAUGAAGUACAUCCUGGUCACUGGGGGGGUCAUCUCAGGCAUUGGUAAAGGGAUCAUUGCAAGCAGCAUUGGGACGAUUCUAAAGUCAUGUGGACUCCGAGUUACUGCCAUCAAAAUUGACCCUUAUAUUAACAUCGAUGCAGGCACUUUUUCUCCUUAUGAGCACGGCGAAGUGUUUGUCUUAAACGAUGGUGGAGAAGUUGAUUUAGACCUUGGAAAUUAUGAACGGUUCUUGGAUAUUAACCUUUAUAAAGACAACAACAUUACCACUGGGAAGAUAUAUCAGCACGUGAUCAAUAAAGAGAGGCGUGGCGAUUACCUGGGGAAAACAGUACAAGUGGUCCCUCACAUUACUGAUGCGGUCCAGGAAUGGGUUAUGAAUCAAGCUAUGGUGCCCGUGGAUGGUCAUAAGGAAGAGCCCCAAAUUUGCGUUAUUGAGUUGGGUGGCACCAUUGGAGACAUCGAAGGGAUGCCGUUUGUGGAAGCAUUCAGACAAUUCCAGUUUAAAGCCAAAAAAGAGAAUUUCUGUAAUAUCCAUGUUAGUCUUGUCCCACAGCCCAGUGCUACCGGAGAACAAAAAACCAAGCCCACACAAAACAGUGUCCGUGCACUGAGGGGGUUGGGCCUGUCUCCUGAUCUGAUUGUCUGCCGAAGUUCAACGCCCAUCGAGAUGGCUGUGAAGGAAAAGAUUUCUAUGUUUUGUCACGUGAACCCCGAACAGGUCAUAUGUAUCCAUGAUGUUUCGUCCACAUAUCGAGUGCCUGUGCUUUUGGAGGAACAAGGCAUUGUUAAAUAUUUUAAAGAGAGAUUGGAUCUGCCCAUUGGUGAUUCUGCAAGUAAUUUGCUUUUCAAGUGGAGAAAUAUGGCUGACAGGUAUGAAAGGUUGCAGAAAACGUGCUCCAUAGCCUUGGUUGGCAAAUACACCAAACUCAGGGACUGCUACGCCUCUGUGUUCAAAGCCCUGGAACAUUCGGCCUUGGCCAUCAACCACAAAUUGAACCUGAUGUACAUAGAUUCCAUUGAUCUGGAACAGACCACCGAAACUGAGGACCCUGUGAAAUUCCAUGAGGCCUGGCAGAAGCUAUGCAAAGCUGAUGGUGUUCUUGUGCCAGGAGGCUUCGGAAUCCGAGGAACGUUGGGGAAACUCCAGGCCAUUUCCUGGGCACGGGCAAAGAAGAUCCCUUUCCUGGGAGUUUGCCUCGGCAUGCAGCUAGCAGUGAUAGAGUUUGCAAGAAACUGCCUGAACUUGAGAGAUGCUGAUUCCACAGAAUUUGAGCCAAAUGCCCGUGUUCCUGUGGUGAUUGAUAUGCCCGAACACAACCCUGGCAAUUUGGGAGGAACAAUGAGGCUGGGAAUCCGAAGAACUGUUUUCAAAACUGAAAAUUCAAUAUUAAGGAAACUUUAUGGUGAUGUUCCUUUUAUAGAAGAAAGACACAGACAUCGGUAUGAGGUGAACCCGAGCCUGAUCAGUCAGUUGGAGCAGAAUGACUUAAGUUUUGUAGGUCAGGAUGUUGAUGGAGAGAGGAUGGAAAUCAUUGAACUGGCAAAUCACCCCUAUUUUGUUGGUGUCCAAUUCCAUCCUGAGUUUUCUUCUAGGCCGAUGAAGCCUUCCCCUCCGUACCUGGGCCUAUUACUUGCGGCAACCGGGAGCCUGCACGCCUUCUUGCAACAGGGAUGCAAGCUGUCCUCUAGUGAUAGAUACAGCGAUGCCAGUGAUGAUAGCUUUUCAGAGCCAAGAAUAGCCGAGUUGGAAAUAAGCUGAAAAUAACACAGGACUUGGAAUAAUCAGGACUGCCUGUGAAGGCUCUGAAGUCACUGAAACCAGGAUGAAGGAACUGUCUGAGGAAAUCACCACACUCUUAAAGAAUCACUCUGUUUUCUACCAAACAUACAUGUAAAGCCUCGAAGGGGAUCUAAUUACAGAUAAACCAGAACCAAGGGGCUACUUUCCUUUUCAGUCCAGAGGUGGCCUUUGGUUCUCACAAAUUUCUGUAGCUGAUUAAACUUUUUCUAGCAACCUCAA